CAAGAUUCUUUUUCAUCACAAGCAGAAGAGGAGACUGCAGAAAAAGAAGACAAAGGUCAUCAUUUUUAUAAGAGAAAUCUCAAAAUACUGAAACAUUCCAAAAUUAAAAAAGGAAAGGAAAAAGCCCACCAGCAACUGCUGAAGGCAGAAGAACUGGAGAGCCAGAAAGCUCUGGAGAAGCUGGCAGCUGACAUGCUGUUUGGAUAUAAUGGCCCUCAAGCUGCAUCAUUGUAUGAGAUUUUAGCUGAAGAAGGUUCUCACAAAGGCCAGGCUAUAGCCAAAAAACAGAAACUGGAUUUUUGCUUUUAUUUGGUCCUACAAGCAUUAGGGUUCUUGUCAUCACAUGGAAUAGGAAUGGAACGUAAUCAGGCAAAGGCAUUUGUAUACUACACAUUUGCAAGCAUUGGAGGAAAUCUUAUGUCCCAGAUGAUUAUGGGUUAUCGUUACUGGCUAGGAAUCAAUGUUUCAAGAAACUGUGAAGCAGCAUUAAUUAAUUACAGGAACGUUGCAAGUUUUAUUGCUAACAAAUUAGAAAAAAAUGAAGAUAUGCCAGUUGAAAAGGUGAGGCUGAUGGAAAGACCAGAAAAUCUAAGUUUUAAUACAGAAUUCUUGGAUUGGGAUCUAUAUCAGUACUACAGGUUUUUGGCUGAAAGAGGAGAUACACAGAUACAGGUAAGAGACAUUCCCCUCUGUUUGAUUAUAACAGUUAAGAACAUAGAUAUACAUUUAGCAAGAAGAUGGUAUGAUAUGGCAGCUGAAACAAACCCAGAUGCUUUUAUACCAGUGUUUCUAGCAUAUAUAAGACUUGAAGCUAUGCAUAUGCUCACAGAUCUACAGCUUCUCAAUCUUACUGGAAACUGGAAGCUAUCAGCACUCAACACCAUGCUAAAGCUACACUGGGAUCUGUUUGUGAUUAUAUUAAUUGUUGUUAUACUUAUACUGUUAAUAAACAGUAGGCAAAAUUAA